GAGGGUCGGUCGAGAGAGAGGGAGAGGAGAGAAUGGUGGAAGAAUGUCCCUCCCGCAUCCAACGCCCGGCCUCCCAUUUGAUUUGUUUCCCCUCCCGACGGACGCGACGCCUCGUUCCGCCUGCGCACGCGCUAGGGUUCGGCUCCGCCUCAGGCUCCACCCGCCUCCGCCCUCCUCCGGCCGCGCCUCUUGCCGCCGGAAUCCCACCGCCCCGACGCCCCCAAGCCGCCAUCUCCUUCAGUGGGGGUGUAUUGCCAAAUCAAUGAUGGAAUCAGCCAAGGCUUGGGCGAUUAAAUGUGGAUGGGGGCCGUUUACGGCGCCCUCGUUGGAGGACCUGCUGCCGGAGCUGUCCUGUGAGGAGCAGGUACGAUUGCAGAGCCGCUUGCGCAUCCGCAAGCGAUGGAAGCAUCCUCCAUUACCUUCGGAGUACUCAGAAGUAGACCGUGACACCACCAUCAUCCCCUACGUCCGCCACGCUCUCCGUCACUACAAUGACAAACACCCAGGUGGCGAGUUCGAUGCUGUGAAGCCUCUGAUGGAAGAGAGCGUGCGUUUCAGGGGCAAGGUGUGGUACCACGUCAAUUUCUGGGCUCGCAGCCGCAGCAGCAAUAAGAUGAAGCGCUUCUUUGCUGAGGUGCACUACAAGAAGCCAUCCACCAGCAGCUCCGUCUGCUCGGACCUGCAAUUUCCAGUCCCAAUUCCCAUCGUUGAAGUAUGCACCAUCAUCGAAGAGCCGCUUGCCCGGUACAGGAGGAGCUGCGCAUUCUGUCGCGGCAACUUGGACAUUUUGCACCCCCUGGGUUCCCGGAAGUUUGUUUGUGGGAACGACAAGGACCGGAUGGAACAACAACUCAAGCCGUGCCUGCGCCUUCCAUGGGUUGGGAUGCCAUUCACUUGCCCCCCGGGUCCAGCCUCCCCCAACUGUCCAGAGGAAUUGGACCUUUAAUUUCUGACCAUGUCAAUACAGGCCAGGUCAGGUGAUAUAUUAUAGCAGAUAUCGAAAAAAUAUUCAUUCAUAGAUCUUGGGAUAUUAUUUUUAAUUUCUGACCUUGAUGGGUAUUUGUGUAU